CGCCUCCGCCCCCCCCCGGCCACUCCCCUCCCCUUUGUUUAGCGCGCCGCCAAGCCUUCCGCGAGUCGGGCCGCGUCCGAUGUCGCGUUUUUGUCCACUACGGGGCUCCCGGAGAAGUCUCGACCCAUCCCCCGCGAGACCGGGUUUAUAUCCUGAGCCGUUUUUUGACGGCCCGGGGCCCGGCGAGGGCCCUUCGAGAAAACUGUGAAACACCGCCGGUCCUGGUUUUCGGAAUGCGUUGGAUCUCUGGGCCCUUUGGCGUGCCCCGGGUUGGGGCCGCCGACGCUGCAACGGCGGGCCGCCGUCGUGGCGCGCGCGGCCCGCGCGAGCGGCGCAAGCGCGAGGGGGGGUCGCCAGCCCCCCUUUGUCGCGGGCACGCGGCGCGGAUCCGGGCGGCGGCGCCCAGUGAGGGGCGCGGCGCGGGGAGGGCGGUGUGCUUCACCGAGUGGACCGCGCUGGCGCGGUCCACUACUCGUGAGUCGGUCAAGUCCCUCUGCGAGGAGGAGGUGGAUGCGGCCGGCUGUUUUUUUGUCAGGCUGGCUGACAGGUGCCGCAGCCAAUUAGCUACUGAGUGUUGCAGGCAGUCCCGGUGCGGCAGCGGCAAGCAUCGGGUGGUGUGCCUGGUGGGCGUUGCCCAGAUGCCCCGCUCGUGGUACGGGCAACACAUCACCUUCAGGCUGGCAGCACAUCGGUACGCUCGUCGUGCUGCCACGCGUGUGCAAGGCAGGGUCGCAGCUGUGCGCCACGCUGCCGCAAUAUGAGGCAUGUCAGAGAGGGCCUUCGAGGAAGCUCGGCAGAGGGCAGCGGAAGCGCACAAACCGCCCCCGCCCCCGAGAAAUGGCAAGGCUUUCUGGUUGAGGGUUUCCCGAACCCGCCAUCUGGCAACCUGUUUGCAACGCUCUGGCAGCAACGUGCACGCUGAUGGCCCAUGCGUUGGCUGGGCUUGCGGGUGGCUCCUGUGUAAUUUUCCAACGUUCACUGCAGCUCUGCAGCUGUGCAUAAGGCAAUUCUGGAAAAACGAGUCCGCACGUAUCCUCAGUGUAUCCUUGUCUUCC